GCCUUUUUGUAACGGUACUGUCAGUACACGUUUCUAGUCAUUUUCCAGUCUCCGCUCUAGUCGCUGUUAUCCAGAGGAGGACGGGUGCAGCGUAGGGGAACUUAGUUUACAAACAACAAUCAUUUCCAGAGCGGUGUCACCAAGGCGAUUAUAUAGAAUUUGUCAUGACACAUAUGGAGAAAACGACAGAAAUGAAUGGACACGUAGACAGCCCAAGCUGCACCAUCUAUGGACUGGACGAAGUUAACAGGCAGCUCGAAGAGAAACCGACACCCUGGCAGAGGGCUGUUGGCUUUUUUAAGAGAAACAUGUUGGUGAUUCUCACCGUCUCUGGUGUCUUGAUAGGGGUUGGUAUUGGAAUGGCAGUGCGAAAGUUAAACCUCAGUGCCACGCAGAUAACUUACUUCGCUUUUCCUGGAGAAAUUCUGCUCAGAAUGCUAAAAAUGAUAAUUUUGCCACUUGUAGUGUGCAGCUUGAUUUCUGGAGCUGCAAGCCUGGACACUCGCUCUUUGGGGAAACUGGGCGGAAUUGCCAUUGGCUACUUCUUGAUCACUACCUUGAUAGCAUCAGCGAUAGCCAUAGCUCUUGGUUUCAUUAUCAACCCCGGAGAAGGAGCUGGAGCUCUAAAUUCAAACAGUUUGGGAUUGCAGGACACUGUCCCGGUCAACAAAGAGCCAGUGGACUCGUUCCUGGACCUUAUCAGAAACUUAUUUCCAUCCAACCUCGUAGUUGCAGCUUUUCGAACGUCUGCAACUGACUACCGGACAGCAAUCAAGAAUCUCCCCACGGGAAAUCUUAGCUAUGAAAAGAUUCCUGUGAGCACAGAGAUUGAAGGUAUGAACAUCUUGGGGCUGAUCCUUUUUGCUGUCAUACUUGGAAUUGCAUUACGGAAGUUAGGACGUGAAGGGGAAGAGCUUAUUCGAUUUUUCAACUCAUUCAAUGAAGCUACCAUGCUCUUGGUAUCCUGGAUUAUGUGGUACAUACCAGUUGGCAUCAUGUUCCUUGUCGCAAGCAAAAUUGUGGAAAUAGAAGAUGUCGUCUUGCUAGUAACCAGUCUUGGAAAGUACAUUAUUGCAUCAAUAAUAGGACAUUUUAUUCAUGGAAUGAUUGUGUUACCCCUUAUCUACUUUGUAUUCACUCGCAAAAAUCCUUUCAGCUUUCUACUUGGACUGAUUACCCCUUUUGCAACUGCCUUUGCAACUUGUUCCAGCUCUGCAACCCUUCCUUCAAUGAUUAAGUGUAUUGAAGAAAAUAAUGGAAUAGACAAGAGGAUCAGCAGAUUUAUACUUCCCAUUGGUGCCACUGUGAACAUGGAUGGAGCUGCCAUCUUUCAGUGUCUUGCUGCAGUAUUCAUUGCCCAAAUAAAUGGUGUUGCUCUAAAUGCAGAGAUUUUUACUAUCCUUGUAACGGCUACAGCCGCAAGUGUUGGAGCAGCUGGAGUUCCAGCUGGCGGAGUUCUCACCAUUGCUAUUAUACUAGAAGCUAUUGGACUUCCCACCAAGGAUCUCUCUCUAAUUUUAGCUGUGGAUUGGAUUGUGGACCGGACUACAACUGUCGUCAAUGUAGAGGGAGAUGCUCUAGGGGCUGGGAUCCUUCAUCAUAUUAAUCAAAAGGAAAUGAAGAAAGUACAGCAAAAAUCAAGUCAUCUGAAUGCAGAAGCAAUACCCAACUGUAAAUCUGAAGCAGAAACAUCUCCUCUUGUAGAAUAUAAAGACUUAGCCUGUACACCAACAAGCGUUACAGAUCCUGAAUCAAAAGAAUCUAUUCUGUAAAGAAAGGUUUGGUACAGAUAAUCAUAGCAGAAUGAUGGUGACUUUAUUGACAAGACCAAGAACAUCAAUAAUUUCCUUUUGGUUAAAAAAGAAAAUGAACUAAUAAUUGGUCACUAGCUAAAUGUAUAGGUUAGCUCUAAUUCAUAGUGGAUUUCAGAGUCUGGCAUGAUUUUUAUAAACAAAAACACAAGCCAAGCUAUGACUUCUGAAGAUUGCUGUUUGAUGAGUACCUGCUUACCCUUGACAUUAUAUAAAUUUUUUACGCCAAUAAAAUUUCCAUUUGUGACCAUUGCUAGCUGCAUGGCUUGGCAAUGGUUGUUGACGGCAUAAAGAGGUCAGGUUAAGUUGUGCAAGACAACAGACUCUAAUUUGCCCACCUGUACUUGUGUUUCAAAUAAUAAACCCUAAACACAGUGAAGAACUUUCUUUAUUGUAUAGAAAGAUGUAGACCUAGUUUAAGUGGUCAGAUUUUACCCCAUUCCACUUAUUGCUCACCUUGCCUCUGUCCCAGAAAAAAAAAGAUUACUUAUGGUCAGAUCCUGUGGUUCUUUUCCUAGUUUAGAAAAUAUUUGACACUAUCCUUUGGUCACAGCUCCUUUCCUAACUGCAUACAAUAAAAUGAAGGACUUAGCAGGGCUUUGUCCAUUAGCUUGUUGCUUAGUUUUCAGCUGUAUCAUCUUGAAUGAAUACAGAGUUUCACAGACUAGUCCAGGAUAUUGUUUUUUCAAUGUGUCUGUAGGAAUGAAUACUGACUAGUCUGCGAUAUUGGUAAAAUUGCAUCUCAUUUCUCCUUUUUGGGACCAGUUUCUGGGAUUGACUUCUGUUGUGACCACACCCUCACCAAAGAUACUGUUGCACAACAUACGUCCCAGCACAGCACUGGCGUGCACCUUUGUGUGUUGUCCAGUUAAUUUAUGCUACACAAUAUAAGCAGAGGUUAUGCUCACCCUACAGAACACACAAUUCACAAAGAAUGAUUGUUUAGCAUAGAGUUUGAGACUCAGCCUUUAGAUACCAUCACAUCAUUAUUGACUACCCAUUACACUCCUGUUUCACGAUAAUUAUUGACUUAAAAUUCAGUGCUGCCUUAACAGAUCGUAUCCUGUCAGUCUGUCUCACAUUAUUGUCUUUCUAUUUUACCAACAUUUAUGGAAAGUGAGGACUGAGAUCCUUGUGGUGAAAUUUAUUUAGUAAUUAAUCUCACUGGAUGAGGGUUGUUUACUUUGAAAUAAUGUGUAGAGUAUCUUGAAUUAUAGUAGCUACACGUAUGAUUUUUUUCUGUUAAUGAACAAUGUUUGUCCUAAACUUGUUUCUGUUUACUUUCUAUGCAAAUCAUCUUGCUUUGCUGAAGACUAAAGCUAGAUUCAAUAAACUAAAACCCUGUCAAAAA